AAGGCCUCGCUUCUCGCGUCCCAAAUGACUACUAGUUCAGCAUGGAGCCCUUUCCACCUUCUAAGGCGUACUUUAUCCUACACUUUGUGGUGUUAUGUUUCGAUGGCAUCACUACCUUUUUUCCAGCACUCCCGGAAUGGGUUUCAGUCUUCACCUGCUAUCCCUUCCCAAAUCAUUGACAUCCUGGAUCAUACAAGUAGAGGUUCAAUUCGGACAUCACAUUCCAAUUACUCACCUUGGCGAGCUCUCUCCGCAGCCGAAGCUAUGCAAGCGAUUGUCACUGUGGACGUUCGGGAAUGCUAUCUACGAUGAAAUAAAUGGACCCAAUCCUUGGACCGCCGGGGGAACACGAGUGCUGCGUGAUCGAUCUCGCGAAGUAAUUUGCAGUCAAU